CCCAGCCAGUCGCUCCCCACCUGGCUAUGCCGCAGUGUGCCUUGAGAUGGGGAGGAGGUCGCCUUGCGCUGGCUGCUCCCUUGUCUCUGUGUACCUCAGUGUGCACUGAGGCACGUGGAGCCCUUGCACUGAGGCACACUGGGGCACGGGCCCAGGGCUUCCUGCUCCCCUGUCUCUGGGUUUGUCCCAGCAUUCGCCACUUUGAUGUGGUUUUCUUUCCAGGUUGCUUUUUUUUUGAUGCCAGGAAAGCCCAAUAGCUAAUUUUGCCCCGGUGCUGCAAAUUUUGCCGAGCACUGAUUAAUGUGCAACUCAUGUGGUCUGUGGCACUGUAAAGAGGUUUGCAGCAGCAGAAGCCACACGUGCCUGCAUAUCUGGAUCCAGCUUACGUGUCUACAUGCCUCUUCCGUCUCUUAAAGACCUUUAAAAAUCUGCCCCAAGCCAAUAGUUAUUGCCAGUUGCGAGAAGAUGGAGCCAUGGUAAAAGAAUAUAGCUGAACUUUUGUAGGGGAAGGAAUCAAAUUGCCAUGAUGCUUAAAAUUUUUGUUGCCUUUAAGCAAUUUUUAAUGAGCAUUUAUGUUAUUGAUGGGCAAAUUGGACCUGAUCACAAAGAAAGUGCCAUAAAAAUGGUAUGGCCAUUAAGUGGUGUGUUAUGAACCCUGGAAAAGAUUGCUAUAUAGUAAAUAAAAAGCAUAUAACCUGUAGAAAAUGAUCUUUGCCUCAACUUUUUUAACAGGGCAACAGGAAAAGCAAAGGGUUUUUCUUGAAGAAUGUAACAGUGCUACAAAGCACUGGCCAACGCUUGACCCACACUGAUGAUCAGUGUUCAAACCUAAACCCUAAUGCAUAAACUCCUUCAGCAGUUCAAUAUACAACCAAGGUUUUCAGAGAUUACGCUGGCAAAGAAAGGCUACAGGAAGUACUUGUUUUCCCUCUUUAGGCACUGUUAUGAUUAUAAAUUAAUCCCAAAGGAUAUUAUAGCUACUUCAAAGAGUUAAUGAGUAUCUUAUAACUGCCUGCUUCUCUUAAUUGUCCAAAGGCCAACAGAUCCUUGAAUGUAUAAAACACUGAAGAAUGCAGAUAGGAAGCAAAGCUGAGAGAGCAAGAGAGGACACGAAAGUGCAUCAGAGGCUACCAGACACCACUAGGACCUUGUAUAAUGGGGAAGAUACCAAAAAGCAUUUUUUCCAUCUUUCAUAUUCUUGUUCUUCUAAUUGGCUUCUCCAUUAUUUGUUUGGGAGCCUUUUGCAUUUCCACAAGCUCCUCAUUAUGCAAAUGUAGCAACAAUAUGCCUGUUGCUUAUACUCUGCUGCCCUUGGGGUUCUUUCUCCUUGUGACUGGAAUCUUUUGGAGCACAUACCAUGAAACCAGCAAGCACAAGAGCUUUUUCUACAACAUUAUCCGGAGAACUCCCUACCACAGGGAAAUACAUGUCCACACCAUAGACAGACCCGAUUUCUAUCCUCCGUCCUAUGAAAAUAGCAUUGAUCCUGAAAAACAGAUUGUCCCACUACCAGCUUCCUCUUCUGCCACAGAAGAAGAGACCUACAACAUCCCGCCGCCUCUGUAUACUGAAAGCAGCACAGAAUUCAUAGAUGAAAGUAACUAUGAGGAAGAACAGCCGCCAUCGUAUGAAGUGUCUGUGCAGCAGGGGGAGAAGCAGCAGCAAACAGGCGAGCACAACUCAGAUACAGAAGGGGUCUCAGGCACUUGUCAGGGACCCAUGCCAGGAACCAGUUACUAAUAAUAUGAACUGUCAAGAGACUUUAGAAAGAGCAAAGCGCAUCACCUAUUCUGAGACAAAGUCAGUGGAUAAGACACUGAAUGUGCAAAGUACCGCUGGAAAUAAUGCUAUACACAACUGUAUUUAAGUACCAGGUUCAAGAGCUGCCUGUUCAGACAACACUGAAUAUGCAAUCUUUGUUCUGGUGGCAGUAAAAGGGUUGUUGGAGGAGGUUGUUUCCCAUAUUUUAAAAGAAGAACAAUGCUUUCUGGCCUUAAAAGGGUCUGCUAAUGAUAUUAAGUGCAACCCAUAACUGUUGAUUCAUGCCAGCAUCAUUGCAGCUUGUUUACAUAGUUCAGUAUUUAACAGGCUUACUGUGGCUGCACAAAGAAAUGUCAGUAAAAUAUUCUAUCGCGUGAAGAACUGAAGCCCCUCGCUCCAUGCAGACUUGCAGAUCCAGGGCUCAUUUAGGGUUCUGGGUUCUUUCUAGAAGCCAAAAUGUUAAUCAAUAUAAAAAAAAAUCCGUUAUAUCGAGGGAACCAACAGGCAAGAAAAGAUGUGCUUUGCAUUUACUGAGCAGCUUGGAGGAGAUAUUUAUUCUUGGUGUUAAAAGAAUGAGGGACUUGCGGCUGCCUUCAACAGUUCACUGUAGAAAAAAACAUUUCCUCCAUCCCCCAGGCAUUUGUUUCACUAUAACUGUAUCCUUUAAAAAUAUUGGGAGCACUUGGAUUUCUUUCUUUGUGGAUCGAAUCUUAAGUAUGUCUGCUAGUAGAGAACCCGAGCCCAAACUGCUAAAACCAAUGAGAGACUUUCUAGAGAUUUCAGCAAGUAUUUGACCAGUACUGGCUCCACUUAAUGCAGGGCAGAAAAAAGGUCUUUGCCAAUGUGGCAUUUUUGCUUCAGCUUGACAGAGAAAUAAGGAAAGACAAGUAAUAGUCAACUCAUCUCCCAAGCCAAAUGACAAACUGACUUGCUGCCUAAAAAAAUGCACUACACUGUAAAGAACACACUGCUUAAUGCUUUACACUGUUUAAUGUUUCUAGAUGAUCUGUUUGAAAGAUAUUUUGUAUGACAAAUCCAACUGGUUAUUUCCUUCUCAUGCUCAGUAUUUGUUUUUCUGCUUGCUUGGUAGCCUAUGGAAGUAUUGUAAGAAAACUUCCUUGAGACACAUAGUACUGUACUGUACCUAGUUGACAUAGCUGCUAGGGUACCAAAGCCACUUCUUACACUGCAGGAUAAGUGUGAAUGUUGCUGCUUCAUGAUCCUAUACUUAUUAAUCAUCUUUGCAUCUCAUAAGGAGUUUAGGCUGCAAGUCCCCAACCAUUUCUAUUAGCAUCUGUUAACCUGGGGAAAAUGUUAAAUCAUUAGGAGUUGUUUUAUGUUAUUUGUAAUAAUCUGAGUGUUUUGUACCAUAAGUAUUUGAAGCUAACCUGUUUACUUUGUGCUGUUAAUAACUGAUAUUUUAAUAUUGAAUUGAAGCCAUCUUUUUUAUUUCAAUAAAUUUUAUAUUUAAACAAAAUGGAA